ACCCUCUGUGACCCCUCGUGCCCCCAUGACCCCCCUGUGCCCCCCCAGGAGUGCUCCCAACGAGCCAACAACGGGCGUUUCUCCCUGCGGGACCUGCUGAUGGUGCCGAUGCAGCGGGUGCUCAAGUACCACCUUCUGCUGCAGGAGCUGGUGAAGCUGACGCCGGAGCCGGCCGAGAGGGAGAGGCUGCGGGCGGCCCUGGAUGCCAUGAGGGACCUGGCGCAGUGCGUGAACGAGGUCAAACGGGACAACGAGACCCUGAAGCAGCUCACCAGCGUCCAGCUCUGCCUCCACAACAUGCCGCAGUCCCUGGCGCAGUUCGGGCGCCCCAAGAUCGACGGGGAGCUGAAGGUGUCCAGCACCGAGCGGCGCUCCAAGGUGGACAGGUACGGCUUCCUCCUGGACAAGGCCCUGAUCAUCUGCAAGCGCCGGGGGGAUUCCUACGAGGCCAAAGAAGUUGUGGACCUGCAGAGCCACCAACUGCGGGACGGUGGCCUUGGCCCCCGUGAUGGCAAGAAGUGGACCCACACCUUCCUGCUCAUCGACACGGCCGGGCUGCAGGGCUACGAGCUCUUCUUCAAGACGCGCGAGCUGAAGAAGAAGUGGCUGGAGCAGUUUGAGAUGGCCCUCUCCAACAUCUUCCCUGAGCACGCACUGGCUGAUGGGCAUGACUUCCAGAUGUUCUCCUUCGAGGACACCACGUCCUGCAAGGCCUGCCAGAUGUUGCUGAGGGGCACGUUCUACCAGGGGUACCGCUGCAGCCGGUGCCGGGCCCCCGCGCACAAGGAGUGUCUGGGGCGGCUGGGGACCUGCAGCAAAGGCGGCGCUGAUUCAAGCUCUGGCACUAGGAAGAACAAGUCACAGCGGCCGGGCCCUGAGAAGAAACGGGGAGACCUGGGGCUGCCCAAGAUGGAGGCGAACCAGCACUAUGGUGGGGUGCCCCCGCCACCAGGGGCCAUGGGUCCUGCCCUGAGGCUCAGCCCUGGGGACAUCGUGGAGGUCACUGUGGCUGAAGCUGAGCAGCUCUGGUGGCAGGGCAGGAACGUGGUCAACGGUGACGUGGGCUGGUUCCCCUGUGCCGCUGUCAGACCCUUCAUCUGCACGCCGCUGCCGGAUCUCUCCGUCUACCUCUGGUAUGCGGGCCCCAUGGAGCGGGGGGAAGCCGAGCAGAUCCUGACACCCCGCUCGGACGGCGCCUUCCUCGUGCGGCAGCGGGUGAAGGACGCCGGUGAAUUUGCCAUCAGCAUCAAGUACCGCACGGAGGUGAAGCACAUCAAGGUGAUGACGGCGGAGGGGCUCUACCGCCUGACCGAGAAGAAGGCCUUCAAGGGGCUGGUGGAACUGGUGGAGUUCUACCAGCGCAACUCGCUCAAAGACUGCUUCAAGGCGCUUGACACGGCCCUGCUGGUGCCCUUCAAGGAACCCGAGAGCCGGGCUGGCCCCCGGCCACCCGGGGCCGUGCGCAGCUUCGGCUCGGCCAAGGCCCGCUACGACUUCUGUGCCCGGGACCGGACAGAGCUGACGUUGCGCGAGGGCGAUGUUAUCCGUGUCCUCAGCAAGAAAGGCCACCCGGGCUGGUGGAAAGGAGAGAUCUACGGCCGGGUCGGCUGGUUCCCCGCAAACUACGUGGAGGAGGAUUACUCGGAGUACUGCUGACCGCAGGAUCCCCCAGUCUUGUCCCCAGCCUCAUGUCCCCCACCCCAGUCCUCUGUGUCCUGUUCCUCCCCCCUCCCCCAGGAGGUCACUGCGUCCCCCUCUGCCCCCCACUUCCCCAAUUAAUUUAUGCCUCCUCCCACCCAGGAGGGGCAAUAAACGAGGAUGAGGAUGUG